AUGUUGAUGCACUUUGAUUCAACGAAAACAUGGUUUACCGAUGGACAUGAAGCACUAAAUGGAAAUGAAAGAUGGGGAUGGCAGGAAGGCUACGAUUAUAUGACGAUCGAUGGCUCCGUUCAAGCAGGGAAGCGUGACUCGGUACAAACGGCUUUCAACAAUCCCAGAAACCUGCGAGCAAGGUUGAUGCUCAUCUCAACAAAGGCGGGUUCACUUGGGACAAACAUGGUCGCUGCAAAUCGAGUUGUGAUCUUUGACGCUUGUUGGAAUCCGUCGCAUGACACGCAAUCUCUCUUCCGUGUUUAUCGUUUCGGACAAACAAAGCCUGUCUACCUUUAUCGAUUUAUUGCGCAGGGAACGAUGGAGGAGCGGAUCUACAAACGCCAGGUUAUCAAAGAGUCGACGUCAAUGCGGGUCGUUGACGAGGCACAAAUUGAGCGGCACUAUGAAGGACACGAUCUUGCUGAGCUCUACAAUUUCGAUCCAAAAUCCUUGACGGAGAAUGGAAACCAACGUCCAGCCUAUGCUCCUCCGAAAGAUCUUCUAUUGGCUGAUGUCCUCCACAAUCAACCGGAUACGAUCACGGACUUUUUCCAACACGACUCAUUGUUUGCCAAUGUCGACGAUGAGAAAUUAACAGAUGAAGAAUGUCGCGAAGCUUGGAAGGAUUACGAAAGAGAAAAGAAGGGUAAACGAGCCAGCACUCCUGCUAGAAUAAAACAAUGGGAUGUUGUCGACACCGAUGUUCUUCGAUCUUUUUCGCGGCUAUCCUUG